GAGCGGCGGCCCGUCGGCUUUGUCAGUCCCCUCAGCCUCCGCCGCCGCCGCCCCUCUGCCAGAGCUCCGGCGCCACCUCGGGCCGGCGGUCCUCCGCGGGAGGGAGCGAGGCGGCGGGCGGGCGGCUGACGGGGGCGGCCGGCGGUCCUGCGCGCUCGGCGGCGGCAUCUCCAUGGGGCUGGCCCGCGGCGCCAGUGCGCUCUAAGGUAGACGGCGAGCUCCGUGUUUAUCAGAACUUUUCCACUGCGGCACCGAGGGCACGCGCUUCCUCAGGGGGGACUUGGAGUCCCGGAGAAUUGCCUUUGUGAAAACCUGGCAAUAAUUCCUUUAAAUUCCAUCUCUUAGUUUUCCGUUGUGUCACGUUCCAGAGGGACAGCAAGAAACCAUGAACAGCUUCAGUAAUGAAGAGUUUGACUGCCAUUUCCUCGAUGAAGGCUUCACGGCCAAGGACAUUCUGGACCAAAAAAUCAAUGAAGUUUCCUCUUCUGAUGACAAGGAUGCCUUCUAUGUCGCGGAUCUGGGAGACAUUCUAAAGAAACAUCUGAGGUGGUUAAAAGCUCUUCCUCGGGUUACCCCCUUCUACGCAGUGAAGUGCAACGAUAGCAGAACCAUAGUGAAGACCCUAGCUGCCAUCGGGACAGGGUUUGACUGUGCCAGCAAGACCGAAAUCCAGUUGGUGCAGAGUCUCGGGGUGCCUCCGGAGAGGAUCAUCUAUGCAAAUCCUUGUAAACAGGUGUCUCAGAUUAAGUAUGCUGCCAAUAAUGGAGUCCAGAUGAUGACUUUUGACAGUGAAGUUGAGUUGAUGAAAGUUGCCAGAGCUCAUCCAAAGGCGAAGUUGGUUUUGCGGAUUGCGACCGAUGAUUCCAAAGCAGUCUGUCGCCUCAGUGUUAAAUUUGGUGCCACACUCAAAACCAGCAGGCUGCUUUUGGAACGGGCGAGAGAGCUAAAUAUUGAUGUCAUCGGUGUCAGCUUCCACGUGGGAAGUGGCUGUACCGAUCCUGAGACCUUUGUGCAGGCCAUCUCCGAUGCCCGCUGUGUCUUUGACAUGGGGGCCGAGGUUGGUUUUAACAUGUAUCUGCUUGAUAUCGGUGGUGGCUUUCCUGGGUCCGAGGAUGUAAAGCUUAAAUUUGAAGAGAUCACCAGCGUUAUUAACCCUGCACUGGACAAGUACUUCCCGGCAGACUCGGGCGUGCGAGUCAUAGCUGAGCCCGGCAGAUACUACGUCGCAUCAGCCUUCACGCUCGCAGUGAAUAUCAUUGCCAAAAAGCUUGUAGUAAAGGAACAGACAGGCUCCGAUGAUGAAGAUGAGUCCAGUGAACAAACCUUUAUGUAUUACGUGAAUGACGGAGUAUAUGGAUCAUUUAAUUGCAUCCUUUAUGAUCAUGCACACGUGAAGCCCCUUCUGCAGAAGAGACCCAAACCAGAUGAGAAGUAUUACUCAACCAGCAUAUGGGGACCAACAUGUGAUGGCCUUGAUCGCAUCGUUGAGCGCUGUGACUUGCCCGAGAUGCACGUGGGCGAUUGGAUGCUCUUUGAAAACAUGGGUGCUUACACUGUCGCUGCUGCCUCCACUUUCAAUGGGUUCCAGAGGCCGACCAUCUAUUAUGUGAUGUCGGGGCCAACAUGGCAACUGAUGCAGCAGAUCCAGAACCACGACUUCCCGCCCGGGCUGGAGGAGCAGGACGUGAGCGCGCUGCCCGUAUCAUGUGCCCAGGAGAGCGGCAUGAAGCGCCCCCCGGCCGCCUGCGCCUCGGCCAGUGUCAACGUGUAGGCGCCGCGCAGCAGCUGCCAACCUCGAGCGUGGCCUGAAUUACAGGAUUUGGGGGGCCAUUUAACUUAAUUACCGCUAGGUUGGAAAUGUCUGUAAGUAGGGUUGGCACAGACGCGACGAUACCGAAGACUAGGAGAGGGUCACUUAUCUGUGUUCCUAUGGAAACUAUUUGAAUAUUUGUUUUAUAUGGAUUUUUAUUCACUUUUCAAACGUGCUACUAAAGCGCGCCCCUCGGCCGCUGAGCAAGCGUUUGUAGCUUGGGUGGCGGCGGAACGGGCCCGACCGAGGCUUAGUGCUGUGACCUGUUUUGAAAAUAAAGUAUCUUGAAAUAAUCGGGCAUUGGGGAAUUUUUCACGGUGUGUCCACUCCACAUGGCUCACCUGAGUGGGUUUUGUCGGAACUGACAUUCUGCCCCCGCUGCUGCCGAGGAAGUUGGCCCGGUGGGCCUCAGAGCCAGGGGUUUUCAGUAUUUUGAAAAGCCAUCAAAAUGCCGCCUUUCCUCUUCCGGCAUUUUUAUUUCAAGCGUGCGAGGCCUGUCUAAAGCUGGCUGGGGGUCCGGUCCAGCCCACGCGCAGGCAGGAGAAGCGUGGACGAGGGCCGAGCCCUCGGCUGCUGGCCCGGGUCAGCCCCCCGGCGCGUCCACAGAAGCGGCUGGUGCAGGGAGGGUCCAGACCCCUUGGUCGACUGUCUGUCCAGGGCCCGUGCCCAGGGAAGGAGGGCCCGUGGAGCCCCCCCGCGCACCGCCUUCGGGACCGACCUUCCCCUCCCCGCUGUCUCCUCCCCCGGGACGGGCUGUGUAGCUGCAAGUUAGGAAUGUGCUACAACAUUUGGCAGUCAUCUUACCUUAAUAAAUGCAGUGACGAUUCGUGUGGUGUAGACUUCU